AGAACACCAAUCAUCAUUAUGUGCUACAAAUGGAUGAAGAUCUCGGCUAUUACAUCUACAUUUCGCUAACGCUCGUGCCAGUGUAUUUAGCAUUCAAACUCGUGCAAUGGAUGGGCUGGGAAUUGUUUGUCAACAAUUGAUUGCAACCAGCCUGUUGCCAAGGAAAGCGUCAAUAAAGAAUGAUCGCUAAAUGUGCAAA